GGACAAAAAGCACAACAUAAACGAGAACGAGCAAAGAAUGAUGCAAAAAAAGGACCAACUAGCCAAAAGAAAACGAACGAAGCUGCCAAGAAUAUAAUAUGUCAAGUUUGUCGAAAUACAUUUUUAUGUACUGUAAGAAAGAAAGCAUUAGAGGAACACGCCGGUAAUAAACACAGUAAAAAAUUGGAAGAAUGUUUCCCAGGAUUCGUGGAAACGGAAAAUAAAAAGUAA